AUGGGGUUGCAAGCGUUGGUGCUAGCAAAGCUCAGCCUCAGCGCCACCUCUCACAGCCUAACUCCGCUGUCCGCAGCCUUGUUAUGGCCUUUUGUGAUCAAAUUUUCCUUCAGUUUUCGACCUCUCCGAGAACUUUACAUAGAUAUUUUACAUUCUCUAAGACUGUUCUUCUUUCAGCUGAGGCAAAUAACCAUGAACGAUGAACCUGGUGGCGCUGCCUCGGCAAACAGAAACUCACGAUGGGAGCGGGCUGUCCGCUUAAUCUGCGAAAGGGUGACUCAAACCAGACAUGCACAGUCCGGCAAUGACUCCGGCGAGGACAGUUUGCGAGCAAUAUCAAUGCUAGCACUUUAA